GGAAGCAAAGGACUGUCUAACCGCUCAUACCGGAUUGUGUUUACCAUUUUUACAUGCUGUGAUCAUUUGGAAUCUAUCGGAUCGAGAAUUAAAGACACUUGCUGUAUUUCAGCCUCUGGGACCAAAAGUGUUCCAGCUUGUUUUUCCUCUUAAUUGUUUUUGAACCGGAGUGGAUCUGAAUCUAAUGGCUGCAGUCCGGUGAAUCAAGCCUGUAUUUGGAUCUUCAGUGUGUGUGUGUGUGAGAGUGUGAGUGUGAGUGUGUGAGUGUGUGAGUGAGAGAGUGAGUGUGAGGAUAUUUUUGGAGUCUCUUUUGGAUCUAUGGAAUGCCACUAGACAUGACUGGACCCUUUGGGGGGGCAAUAAUGUGGGUAACUGGGAAGGGGGAAGCCAACAGGACCCUGAAGCUUGUGUAGAUGCGCUUUCUGACUGCCUCAGUUGUCUGAGAAAGUCAGACCUCCUUGUGGCACACUUGGGCCGUUGGCACUAAGAUGUCCCUCAGUAGUGGCACUGCAGGCGGGAAAGGUGUGGACUCGAAUGCGGUGGACACUUACGACAGCGGUGAUGAGUGGGAUAUUGGUGUAGGCAACCUGAUCAUUGACCUCGACGCCGACUUGGAGAAAGACAAGCUUGAGAUGUCUGGCACCAAGGACGGGGACGGAAUGGCUGCUGGCUCUAGUGCUGUAGCGGCAUUGCCGGACAACAUCAAGUUCAUUAACCCGGUGCCUCCACCUCCGAUCAAGGAUAGCAAAUCCAAAGGUAAACGUAGCAAGAAUUCCAAGGACAGUAGCAAGUCCUCGAACCCUGAUGGGGCUAAGAAGGAUGCCCAGGGGCGGACCACAAAUGAGGGUACUGGGCCAACCUCAGGAAGUGGUUCUACAACUUUACCCAGCUCUGGGAAAGGUUCCGAUAAGAGUAAUAAGAGUUCCCGUAACGUGCCAAGUGGAAAAAAGGACAAGGAAGGUUCUGGGAAAAGCAAAAAGGAGAAAAACGAAGGGGUACAAGCUGGGACCGUGCCCCAAGAAAAAGACCCAGCAACCCAGGGUGUGCCUUUAGGGCAGGCCCGCAAUACCUCAUUUGAGGGGUCGCAAAAUACGGACGGUGCAGAGAAACUGGGGAAUAUUACCCUCGAUACUGUUGGAAUAGUCGCACCAUUGGCUAUCAAGAGCGAACCAGAAGAAGUGGAAAAUAAUGACUGCAGGACCAUAAAGAAAAUAAAAAGCGAGAAGAUGGAGUCUCCGGUGUCUACGCCGGCACCACCACCCCUCCACCUCCUCGCACCUGUCGGAAACAGCGACAUCUCCUCAUGUGAGCAGAUCAUGGUUCGCACGCGCUCAGUGGCAGUCAACACUUCUGAUGUGGCUCUCGCCACUGAGCCCGAAUGUCUGGGACCCUGUGAACCCGGAACCAGUGUCAACCUGGAGGGCAUAGUCUGGCAGGAGACGGAGGACGGUAUGCUGGUUGUAAAUGUUACCUGGAGGAAUAAAACCUAUGUGGGCACCCUUUUAGACUGUACUCGACAUGACUGGGCACCCCCACGGUUUUGUGAGUCACCCACAAGUGACUUGGAGAUGAGGAAUGGCCGUGGGCGGGGAAAGAGAAUGAGGCCCAAUAGUAACACACCAGUCAAUGAGAACAGCAACUCUUCUGAUAAUAAAGGCAGCAACAACUGCAAGACUCGAGCUGCAUCUAACAGUAAGGGGCGACGGGGCAGUCAGAAUUCCUCUGAACGUCGCACCCCACCAAACAGUAAUACUGAAGAAGUAAAGGCUAGUCCAUCAUCUGCUAACAAACGCAAGAAUAAGCCUGCCUCAGACAUGGAGCCCAAUUCCAGUUCAGAGGACACUAAGGGGAGCAAACGUAUGCGCACCAAUUCAAACAGUGGAAUACCUCACCCUAUUCUUCCCCUCUCCAACAUCAAAGCAGAACCCUUGCCCCCUUCUUUGGACCGCAACUGCUCCUCACCAGUACUCAUUGACUGCCCCCAUCCCAACUGCAACAAGAAGUACAAGCACAUUAAUGGCCUGAAGUAUCACCAGGCUCGUGCUCACAAUGAUGAUGACAUCAAGCUAGACAUAGAUGGAGAUAGUGAAUAUGGUGAGGACUCUACUUUGCACCCAGAGCCAGGCAGUUGCAAUGGUGCAUCCAUUUCCCAGAAGUGCUGUGCGUCUCCUGCACGGUCAAUCACCCCUAAAGGCAGAGGAUUUGAUGCCCAGAGCUCAUCACCGUCAUCAGGCAAGUUCAGCUCCAAGCAGCCUGGCAAGAAGAAACUGGAGGCUGAUCAAGAUUCUGGUGUGCCCAUGGAUGGCUGUGAAGAUGGCCCAUGUCUUACAGACGAAACGAGCAAUGAUGGCAUUGAUGAUAAGAAAGGCUUGGAUAAAGCCAAGAAGGCUGGAAGUGGUUCUAAGGCAGACAAGCUUACUCAGAAGGGAAUAAAGUCAGCAAGGCCCCUUGUUCCCUCCUUACCACCACAGCAGUUGUACAGCUUACCCACAGCUGGCUUCGCUGCUCCUAAUUCUGGCUCCUCCUCUAGUAUGGGCUCUGUGGUCCAGUCCAUAAGCAAGAGCCCACAACUAAAAACCAUUCAACCCAAACCUGCAGUAAUGGGAGACCCCUUAAUGAACCCAGCCUUGAGUGGCACUAAGGACAAGAAAAAGAAAGAUAAGAAAAAUAAAGAGGGUGGUAAGGAAGGAGACAGUCCCAAAGCCCCUGGUAAAGGAGCGAAACCCGAAGAAGGCAAAAGCCCAUAUUCUGAGAGCUCGGACCAAGGUAGCAAGAGUGAGGGACUGUUAAAUGGUUCCACGGACCCUCAGCAGAGUCGACUAGCCAGCAUGAAAGCAGAGGCGGACAAAAUCUACAGCUUUUCGGACAAUUCUCCCAGUCCAUCCAUUGGUGUAGCUAGCCGAAUAGAAAGUGGUGGAGUAGCACAACCUCUCACUCCACUUCAUGUGGUUACCCAAAAUGGGGCAGACAACUCUUCUGUGAAGACCAACAGCCCAGCAUACUCUGACAUCUCUGAUGCAGGGGAGGAUGGUGAGGGCAAAGUGGAGGGUGUGAAGGUCAAGUCUGAGGAUCAAGCUGUUCGAGAAGGUGCUAAAAAAUCCCUUUUUCCAUCCCAACCACCAAACAAAGACUCCUCUUAUUACCCAGGUUAUGAAGCCUACUACUCGCCAAAUUACGGUAACCCAAACCCCAGUCCAGCACUCUCUAACACUGCCACAUUGUUGCAAGAUGGUGCAGUAAAGGUGAAAAAAGAAGAAGACCCAGAACCAGGGAACGAUAAGGCCAAAUCGGAACCACCUGAAGAUCGAAAGCCAGACAUAGGUGCAUCAUCUCAGCAGCAACAGCAGCCUUCAGUCAUUCAGCAGCGUUCUAGCAUGUUCAUGCAGCCCCUUUAUUACAACCAGUAUGCCUAUGUACCUCCCUAUGGCUAUUCCCCAGAUCAGGCCUACCAUAACCACCUAAUGAGCACAAACCCAGCUUACAGGCAACAGUGUGAGGACCGGCAGCGACAAGCAGCUGAGCAGCAUCGUGCCGCAGAGAAGAAAUCAGAGGCUGCUCAAAAGGACAGGGAAACCUCUAUGAAGCCUGAAGAGUGGAAGCAGAAAGCUUCAGUUCCCCCUACCUUGUCUAAGGCUCCAAGCCUCUCAGACUUGGGCAAGCCCUCCCCACAGGGCAAACCCAAAGAUCCCACAGAUCCAGGCAAGUCUGUCAUUAUCCCCAAAGGGGAAGAUGGUAAGGGGCAGACCCAGCAGGGUGAUGGUUUAAAAAUGAAGCUGAGUGAAGUGGGAUAUCACAGAAAGGAUGAGCAGAAACCAGGCCUCGAGUCUGGAAGGUCGGCUAUGGAGCAGGCCAUGUACAUGUAUAGACAGGAGCCGGAGUCCCGACUGUGGCCCUAUGUUUACCCCAGCAAGUACCCCGAUGCUCAGAAACAGAUAGAUGAUGAGAGGUGGAAGGAGAGAGAACGGGAUCGUGAGCGUGAAUGGGACAGAGACCGGGACCGAGACCGUGAGAGAGACAGAAAGGGCAAAGAUGAAAGGCAGCGUCCUAAAGACACUCCCUCUAAAGAGGAAAGCAAGGAAGGGACAGAGCCACGAACCUCAUCGGCCUCAGAGGACCAUAGAGGAGUCAGCAAAGACCCACGAGCACACAUGCAUUUUUCCUCACCUCUGCCGCAGCACCAGUCGUAUAUGUCCUACAUGCAUGGAUACCCCUAUGGCCAGGGCUAUGACCCCAGCCAUCCAGGAUACAGGGUGAUGAUGCAGAAUUACCCUCCGUCGUACCUGUCGCCAGGAUACUCUUUUUCCCCAUAUGGCAGUAAGAUGCCCCAUGGUGAGGAGAGCGAGAAGUCUCGUGCUAGUCCUACAGUGAGUGGCAAGUCUGCAUCUGAGUCCAAAGCCUUGGACAUCCUGCAUCAGCAUGCUAGCCAGUACAAGAGCAAAUCGCCCACGGUGGGUGAAAGGACACCCCAUGAAAGAGAUAGAAGUGGGAGUGAGAGGGAAAGAGACGGCGAACGUCCAAGAUCUUCACCCUCUCAGCGAAUCCUGCCCUCCCACCAUCACCUGGGCUACCAACUACUCCCAGGACAGUAUGACUUGUCCUAUGCUACAGGUAUCUCCUCUUCAGCUAUUGUUGCCAGUCAACAGGCCUCUGCCCCCUCACUAUACCCCCCAGCACGGAGGUGAGAAUGGGAGAAGUGACUGGCUGCCUAUUUGCAGACAUGUGACUGGUUCACAUGAGGGCAUGGUGUGGAGCUUGUUAUAACAUCAGUUCAAUGAUGUUCCUGAUUUAUCUUUGACCGCCAUCUUCAGAGAAGGAAAGUGGAUGCCCAGACUUCCACAUAAUCAUCAAACUCCACCCCACCUCCGCCUGUCUCUGGAAGCGUACGUCCAGGCGCCCACCUCUCUGUGCUGCUGACUACAUACUCAGGAGAGAGGAGAGAUGUUCUGUCUGCAGAGAACCUCAUAUGAUGCGCAUAAUCUCCUAAACAUGGACCUACAGAGUGUGGGAAAUCUUGAAUGAACCCGGAAACAAAGACAUUCUAGAAGUCACUACCUAGUUUUGUGUUGAAGCAUGGGCCUUUAUGGAAAGCAUGAAGUGCUACUGUUCUGGACUGCUGCUCUAGAGCCUUGAGGAUUACAAUGUUGCUGUUGGGGGUUUUUUUCUUGAGAGAAGGAUCCCAGUAUCUUGGUUGUCGCUUUUCAGCUUUCUACAUAUACAUAAUCCUUCACACUCUCUCUGUGGACUAUGCAAGUGGAUAAGGCUUGAUUUCUUCACUCAGAUCAUUCAGGGCAGUAAACUCAGUUACAUUUACCAUUGUGAUGCCAUUGUGUCCACAUACUGUACUUGAGCCCUGAUAGACUGUAUAAUCUUUAUUUUUUAUUUUUUUUUUUUGUUUUUUUUUUUUUUAAGGUAUUUGUUUUAAAACGCACUUCCACUGUCUUUAACGUUCAUUUUCUAUAUUUCAUGUCCUUUGGUUUAUUUUGAUUUUUCAGUUAUGGAUGAUGAACAAAUCACCAAGAGUCACUCCCAUCAGUUGCUUGGCAUUUUGCUGUGCAAGUCAAGCUGUAGAUGUUUGUUUUUUUUCUCAAGAGGACAAGGCAGGGCUUCAUUAUUGGGUGGUUCAGCAAUGGCCUGUGUUUCAGUUCUAUUACAGGCUUCUGACAUUUGGAUUAUCCUGGUCAUGGAGGGAAGAUGACACAUUGGCUGCUCUCAGAGAUGCUCGGACAUUGAGUGUCCCCAGAGGCGACAAAUUUCAGUUUCAAACUGGACUUAUGGAAUUGGAGAUUUUUUUCAUCCUGUGUUGCUACAUUAAUGUUGUUAUCAGUGGUGUACAUGUGUGGACACAGGGCUAGCUGCUGUUCCCAAGCCCAGCUCUUGUGAUUAGACAGUCGAUUGGGGCAUAAUAUGUGUGUUGGCCAAUAGAGUUACCAGACUCUAAUGAACUGUGUUUGUCUGGUCACGAACUGAACUCUUCACUCACGGAUACAUGAUAUGCUGCUUGCUAAUCUCGUGCUAGAAUGCAUGAGUGAAGUCCGAGGGCAAAUCUUCAAGGCUUACAACGAUCUGAUAACGACAAGAGCGGCUUAGAGCCAGAAUCCACCGUAUGGACUUCAAACUUGGGUUGGUCCAAACUGAUCCACAGACUCACGGAGCACCAAACAAGGAAGACCGUAGCUAGAAAUAUGCCCUCUGCCUACUGCUGCUUGAAUCCCAGGAUUUAAAAGAGGCUUUUGAACGUUCCCUCACUUUCUUCUGUACGUCUGCAUGGUAUAUUCCAGCACUUGGUAAAAGCAUUAACCCAAACAGAGAGCAAAGCGUCAUGUGCAGGCGUCCUUCCUCUUCUCCCUCACUAUGUGCUUUCUGUAUAUAUUGUACAAAAGGAAUUAUUUUAAAAAAGGUUGUUGGAUGCUAUCGGAUUUUCUUACUGUCUUUUCUUUUUCCUUUUUUUAUUUUUUUGUCCUGUAGCCUUUUUUCUACUAUUGUUGACAUAAUAUCAACGUGUAGCUGGUAUAACAGCUUUAUAUUGGAAAGUGUUUUUAACUACUUUUUCUACCCCUCCUCUUCAACAGCAAGUCAGUUCCACUCUGCUUUAAACUUUUUAGAAGCACGUCUUAUUGCAGUUUACUUUUUGUGUUUACUUGCAUACUGAAAUAAGAUCGGUUUUAAUACCGUCACGGGAUUUUUAGUCUGCACCCCUUCAGAACCCAUUGCCAAUGCCAGGAGAAAAGAUGAAAUCGGGGAGGAAUUAACAACAAGGGUCCGGUGCUAUCUUGGGCUGGUUUUUCCAGUUCAUCAUCAUGCAGUUAUUGUCUGAAAAUUAGACUCUCAGGAGAGCAUCAUUGAAAUCGGAGCCAUUGAAAUCAUACUGGCAUGUUCAUCACUCUCAACUUUAUACAGGAAAACUUGAUUAUUGAAAGCCACAGGGAAGAAGGCUUUUUUUGUAACACAAUUCAUUUAUUGUGAGGCGGCUUUCCCCCCCAUGUUAAACAUGACAAUUUGUUUUUCAUCUUUAUCAUGAGACAAAGAAGGGAUAGACUCAUUCUAUAUUUCAUUGCCCUUAUUUAACCUACAAAUCAGCAAAAGAGGAAAAGAAAUCAGCAAAUAUUUAAUAUUUGUCGGGUGGGUUCUUUGCUCCUUGGUUAAGAAGGCUAAUUUCAAGCCGCCACAUCCCCUUGUCUGUUUUGAAGUAAAACUUUUGCUAACGAGGCCUAAUUACAUGCGUUCAUAAUCCUAGUUUCAUUUUGUUGCAGGAGAGGCCCGGGUCAGAACCUUUCAGGUUUUUUUUUUAUCCUCUCAGUGGCAAUGGACAACAUAACAUGUUAUAUGCUGUUUUAGGACCUGCUUUCGCUACGUCUACUCGCAACACCAACAAUAAAGAUUCUAAAAGAUACUGCAGCACUGGUCUCGGCGAUGAAAGGCAACAUCCCGCCACGCAGUACAUGCUAAUAAGAGAGUUUAAAUCUUUAUAUAUAGUAAUAACCUCACUUUUAAUUGUUCUGAAUUUGCGUGUUUAGCCAGUAAACCUGUGCUGUCUGGUGACUUGUUUCAUAAUUGUUGAGGAAAAAAGCGCUUGAUUGUUUUAAUUUAUUUUUUGAGGGUUCUUUUUUGUUGUUGUUGUUGUUGUUUUUUAGUACGUUUUCACCUUGUAGAAAGAUGAAGCCACCGGUUUUGUUUUAACAGUUCAUACGUUUGUUCAUACUUGUCUCAGACGGUGAUUAAAUAGCCUGCCCUGUGCGAUCCUCAUGGGAAGAGGGAUUUUGCGUUUUAGUUUUUAUUUUCUAUUUUCCAAUCUUAUUAGGCCCCUCCCUUAAUCCAUCCCUCUACUCAUGCCCCGCCCACCCCAUAUUAGCAGAGAGCAGCGGCCCGGUGUCUGUCAUCGGUACUUGAAAGAUGUUUACACUUGUUCUUUUCUGUUUUUGGAUGCAUUUCUCUUUGUAAACCAUCACUCGCUCUUUCCCUGCCUACUUCACUGUCUCGCUGCCUCUGUCCCACUCUCUCUUCCUAGGGAUCUCUUAUGUAAAGUGUAAAUUGCUACUUUUUUUUUUUAUACAAUACUGUAACUUGCCUUUGUACAUUUAGGCAGAAAAUAAAUCUUUUUAUGAGACAAUC